AGCGGACGCCGUGUUUGCCUGACCUCGGCUUACCUCGCUUCACCUCACCGUGCUCCACGCCGCUCCGAUGCGCCCCGCUCGAGGAGGAAAUGGCGGCGGCCGCGCUACCGAGCUGUCGGCCGCGCAGGGCGGCGCUUCGGGACCGGCGAAACCUGGCGGGGCGAGACCCAGCAGCGCCACGUCUCCGGCUCGCGGCGUCAGGGCUGGUCCGGUUGCUGGGCCGACGGUAGCCGGAUUGCGAGCCGGGGAGCGGGGUCGGUGUUCGGCCGCGCUCCGCCUCCGGGCAGCGGCGCCGCGGGAAGCUGCGAGCGGUGCCGCCCUGCGGCCAGAGCGGCCGGGUGGCCCUGCGGCCAGAGCGGCUGCCGCCGCCGCCAGGCCUGAGGCUCGGGAGCUGGUUUUGCAGGCGGGCGCGGAGCCCACAGGCGAGCCGUGGGAAAGGUUCCGCUGAUUGGAGGCGCGUCCCUGCUGAAACCACAAACCCCGUACAAACCACGGUUCUGAGCAGUGCCUGAACGUAUGACACGGUGCCCACUCAUACGCUCGUUACCAAAGAGUAGUAAGUGGCGUCUAGGAUGCUCUCUGGGAAGAGACGUGUCACCACAGGUUAUUUUGGGACCUGGCGGUGCUCGGAGGUGGUUUUUUUAUCGAUGACUGCAAGGUAAAGGAGUAAUUGUGAACUUGAUAAAUUGAAGUGACCAGUAUGGGGCUGAAGUAUCUCUGCUGAGGAGACUACACAGUGGCGAGGUGUAGAUUUGUAUAGGAAGAUAUAUAAUUUCAGCAUGGGAAGACCCAGCUGUAGUAAGAUUUUGCAGGACUAACUGAUAAUAAAAGUUAGUAUUCUUUUAUUCAUGUGUUGGUAAAGCUUAUAAAAACUCUGAGAUUUGCCUGUAUUACUGACUGUGUAGAGAAAGCUGUGAAACAGCCCAGUGAAUAAAUGCAAACAGCAUCAAGUAUUGGACUUAAUCUGAGAGAUAACUGACUGAUACUGCACAGCCUUUAUGUACAACUCUAAGAGAUUCCAGCCAUAGCACCUGCAAAGGAUUGGAAUAUGCUUAAAAGUGCAGUGAUUUGAUUGCCAUAAACCUGUUUUGCAUGCAGUGGAA